AUGAGUGCGCUACAUCUAGCAGCUUUGAAUGGCCAUGAACAGGAGGUACAUGCUAUACUUAGUGUGGAUAAAAGUGAUGUCAAUAGACCUGAUGGUACAAAAUCAUACCCGGUCAUGUGGGCUUCAUCAAAUGGACAUGAUAGGAUCGUGGAACUUCUGCUAGAGCGAGGAGCCAAUGUCAACGCCCAGGGCGGACUUUACGGAAAUGCCCUCCAGGCUGCUUGUUCUGGAGGACACGAUAAGAUCGCACAGAUGCUGCUAGAGCGAGGAGCCGAUGUCAACGCCCAGGGUGGAGAGGACGGAAAUGCCCUCCAGGCUGCUCGUCGGGGAGGAUACCACCAUAUAGUGAAACUUCUCCAGGGACAUCAGUUUGCUGAUCAGUCGACCUCCCAACCUCCCCCUUCCAAGAGGCCUAAGGUUUCAACAUGA